AUGACUGUCAAUGGCAAAGUCCACGUGCAGAAAUGGUGGAAGCACGGCGUCGUGUACCAGAUCUAUCCCGCGUCGUUCUGCGACUCCAAUGGCGAUGGUGUUGGUGAUUUACCAGGCAUCACGUCCAAGCUGGACUACCUGAAAGACCUCGGUGCUGAUAUCGUCUGGAUCUGCCCCAUGUACGACAGCCCCCAGGUGGACAUGGGCUAUGACAUCUCCAACUAUGAGGAUGUUUACCGCCCAUACGGCACCGUCCAGGACAUGGAGCACCUGAUCAAGGAGGCCCACGACCGCGGCAUCAAAAUCAUGCUCGACCUGGUGAUCAACCACACAUCAGACCAGCACGAGUGGUUUAAGGAGAGCCGCAGCAGCAAAGACAACCCCAAGCGCGACUGGUACAUCUGGAAGCCCGCCAAGUACACAGAGGACGGCAAGCGGGUGCCCCCCAACAACUGGCGGUCCAACUUUGGCGACCACUCGGCGUGGACCUGGGAUGAGACCACACAGGAGUACUACCUGCGCCUGUUUGCCAAGGAGCAGCCUGACGUCAACUUUGACUGCGAGGAGGCCCGAAAGACCAUCUACAAGUCAGCCAUGGAAUUCUGGCUCGAGCGCGGUGUCGAUGGGUUCCGUGUCGAUACGGUCAACAUGUACUCCAAGCCCAUCGGUCUCCCCGACGCCCCCAUCAUCGACCCCGACUCACCGUGGCAGCCAGCCGGCCACGUCUACUGCAACGGUCCGCGCAUGCACGAGUUCCUCGGCGAGAUGAAUGAGAUUCUCUCCCGGUACGGCGCCAUCACCGUGGGAGAGCUGCCCAACACCCCCUCCAUGGAGAAGGUUCUCAAGUAUGUCAGCGCCGAGGCCAAGCAGCUCGACAUGGUGUUCCAAUUCGACGUGGUCGACGUCGGCCAUGGCGUCACCCACCACUACACCGCCAAACCCAAGAACUUUGAGCUUCCCGAGGUCAAGUCCGCCAUUGACAGGACACAAACCCUCAUCAAGGGCAACGACGCGUGGACCACCGUCUUCCUGGAGAACCACGACCAGGCGCGCUCCGUCUCGCGGUUCGCCGACGACUCCCCCCGCUUCCGCGAGGCGAGCGCCAAGAUGCUCGCACUCAUGCAGGCCUGCCUCAGCGGCACCCAGUACGUCUACCAGGGGCAGGAGAUUGGCGUCGUCAACGCCCCCAAGGACAGCUACCCGCUCGAGAACUACCUCGACCUGAACAGCUACCUUUACGUGGACAUGAUCAAGGAGCGCUAUGGAGCCAACAAUGCGGCCAAGAUUGACGAGGCCUUUGACUCGCUGCAGUACCUCGCCCGCGACCACUCGCGCGUGCCCAUGGCCUGGAACGGCAAGGGCAAGUACGGCGGUUUCGCGGACGUGGCCGAGAAGGAGGGCAAGGAUAUCAAGGAGCCGUGGAUGAAGGCCCACCCGCUGGCCGGCGAGAUCAACGUCGCCUCGCAGCUGGGCGACUCCAACAGCGUGCUGGGCUUCUGGAAGAAGAUGAUUGCCUUCCGCAAGCAAUACGCGGAUCUCACCGUCUAUGGCGACUACUACACACUCCGUCUCGAGGACAAGGAUACCUUUUUGUUCUUCAAGGAGAUACCAGGCGGCAACGGCGACAAGCUUGCCGUGCUGCUCAACUUUACCAAGGAUGAGAAGAAGGUCGAGCCUCCCACGGCGAGGGAGUUGAGACUACCAGAGGAGAGCAGUCUUAAGUUUGAGUUGAUCGCGUCGACGCACGGGGCGAAAGAGGUCCAGGAGGCCCUGGCGCCGUUUGAAGGGCGGGCGUAUCUCGUUAAAGUGUAG